GAAGGAGAGCGAGGCGGGAACCGCACGGCUGCCUACGACUCACAGCUCCCAGCGGCGCCCUUCGGGAGCGAAGCCCAGCUGAGCCGCGGGGAGGAUCGCGCAGUAAUUGGAUUUUAAAAGUUAUUUAAACCCCGGAGUAAAGUACCCUGCUCAGCCGGGCGCGGUAAUAAUCCAUUUAGCCGUAACCUAAAUCCCCGGCGCUGGGGCCGCACAGCCGGGCGAGAAGCAGCGCCGCCGCCUCGGGACCCUGCGCGGAGGUGGCCGGAGCCAUCGCCAGGCUUCGCGCCCGUCUGGUGUCUCGCCGCCGUCUCCAGCGGGAUAAGAAAACUUUGGCCGGGGGAAGCGUUGCCGCGCUGGGAGCGCCGACCCGACGGCGACGAGGAAGAAAGUCGCAGAGGUCCCGCCGCGGAGCCGCCGCCGCGCCCCUGCCCCGCGGAAGGGGCCCCGCCGCCGCCCUCCGGGCGCUGAUGCCCUUGGGUCGCCGCGGCGCCCAGUUCUGAAGGACUCCUCGAGGCUUCCCGGGCCCCCGGCCGCCCCGGCGAUGUGGGCUGGAGGAGGAGGAGAAGGCGGUGGAGCGGCCGCCAGCGGCUGCCCCUUAGUGGGGCUGGCCGCGGUGCUGGCCGCCCUGCUGGGGACCCUCGCGGGAGCGGCGGCUCAACAGUACCACGGCGAGAAGGGCAUCUCCGUGCCGGACCACGGCUUCUGCCAGCCCAUCUCCAUCCCACUCUGCACGGAUAUCGCCUACAACCAGACCAUCCUGCCCAACCUGCUGGGCCACACCAACCAGGAGGACGCGGGGCUGGAAGUGCACCAGUUCUACCCGCUGGUCAAGGUGCAGUGCUCAGCCGAGCUCAAGUUCUUCCUCUGCUCCAUGUAUGCCCCGGUAUGCACCGUGCUGGAGCAGGCCAUCCCACCCUGCCGCUCUCUCUGCGAGCGGGCCCGCCAGGGCUGCGAGGCCCUCAUGAACAAGUUUGGCUUCCAGUGGCCAGAGCGGCUCCGUUGCGAGAACUUCCCUGUCCACGGUGCAGGCGAGAUCUGCGUGGGGCAGAACACAUCCGAUGCCCCACCGGGGCCUGGCGGUGCGGCGGGACGGGGGGCCACUGCCCACCCCACGGCUGGCUACCUCCCUGACUUCCUUACGCCGCCACAGCCCCCCUCUGGCUUCUCCUUCUCCUGCCCCCGGCAGCUCAAGGUGCCCCCUUACUUGGGCUACCGGUUCCUGGGGGAGCGGGACUGCGGGGCCCCCUGUGAGCCAGCCCGGCCCAACGGGCUCAUGUACUUCAAGGAGGCAGAGGUGCGAUUUGCCCGGCUCUGGGUGGGCGUGUGGUCUGUGCUCUGCUGCGCCUCCACCCUUUUCACCGUGCUCACCUACCUGGUGGACAUGCGCCGUUUCAGCUACCCAGAGCGACCCAUCAUCUUCCUCUCAGGCUGUUACUUCAUGGUGGCAGUGGCCUAUGCGGCAGGUUUCUUGCUGGAGGAGCGGGUGGUGUGUCUGGAGCGCUUCUCCGAGGAUGGCUACCGUACUGUGGCCCAAGGCACCAAGAAAGAAGGCUGCACCAUCCUCUUCAUGAUCCUCUACUUCUUCGGCAUGGCCAGCUCCAUCUGGUGGGUCAUCCUGUCCCUCACCUGGUUUCUGGCUGCUGGCAUGAAGUGGGGCCACGAGGCCAUCGAGGCCAACUCCCAGUAUUUCCACCUGGCUGCCUGGGCUGUGCCUGCUGUCAAAACCAUCACCAUCUUGGCCAUGGGGCAGGUGGAUGGGGAUGUACUGAGUGGGGUGUGUUAUGUAGGUAUCUACAGCGUGGACUCACUGAGGGGCUUUGUGCUGGCACCCUUGUUUGUGUACCUCUUCAUUGGCACCUCCUUCUUGCUUGCUGGCUUUGUGUCCUUGUUUCGCAUCCGCACCAUCAUGAAGCAUGAUGGCACCAAGACAGAAAAACUGGAGAAGCUGAUGGUGCGCAUCGGUGUCUUCAGUGUCCUCUACACGGUGCCUGCCACCAUUGUCCUGGCUUGUUACUUCUAUGAGCAGGCCUUCCGUGGCACCUGGGAGAAGACAUGGCUCCUCCAGACCUGCAAAACCUAUGCCGUGCCCUGUCCCAGCCACUUUGCCCCUAUGAGUCCAGACUUCACUGUCUUCAUGAUCAAGUAUCUCAUGACCAUGAUUGUUGGUAUCACAACUGGCUUCUGGAUCUGGUCUGGCAAAACCCUUCAGUCCUGGCGACGCUUCUACCACAGACUCAGCACCGGCAGCAAAGGCGAGACGGCAGUAUGAGAUUCCCUGGUCCCCCCUCUGGCACACACACACAUGCAUGCGCACACGGACGAGAGAGGGAUACUUGGCAGAAGAGGAAGGCAAUGGCUCCCUGAAGAGGGAGGAAGUGAGGCUAUUCCAAACUUUUUCUUCCUCUCAGAGGAUUUGGGGGAAAAAAAAAUAUCUUGGUGUAAAGUUUCAGAUGGACUGUGUCCAGUGGUGCUUAUGUACAGCUAAGUGGAAAAGCACAGAAGAGGCCAGUAGUGGGAUGGGAGAGUCCUUCACCCACAAGAAGUUGCUCUACCUCUCUCUCCUACUACCCCUCUGCAGGAAAACACCCAACCCAACUAAAACCAUCCUGCUUUGCUUUGGACCAGAGCGGGGGGAAGCCGGAUCUGCUGAGCUGCCCCUGCCGAGAACUAGCCAAACCCUCUCUGAAUUGCUGGGGUCAAGCUGCAGCGCAGGCAGGUCACUCCCCAGCCUGAGCUCACCGCCCGAGCUGGAGCUACCACGUGAGUACAGGAAACCAGCUACAGCCCAGACCGUGCUGGUGAGAUGCCUCUGCUCUGUCAGCUCGCAAGUUCCUUUUUACCUCAGUCAUACCUGUUUCAAUUGUUUCAAAGUGAAAAUUCGGCCCUCGGUCUGUUGUUCUUGCUGCUUUGGGGAAGGAGGGGGUUGGUAUUCUAUACCCUGAAAAGAAAUGACUUGUUGCUUUUCAGCAGAAUGCUUUUCCCCCUUGCCUUUGUUCUAGGAGACAAAGGGGGAAACAAAAGUGUUUUCUAUGUAGAAAGGCAUAAGCAUGGGAUCGGUUUUUAUGGGCAAACUUAACAAAAAGAAGUCGUUGAGGUUCACCCUUGGAUGUGAGGAGCUCGCAGAAAUAAACAUUCCUUUUAUGAAUAAAGAAGGCAGGAUGUUUUCCUGCCGUUCAAUAUGGGCCGCUUUUCUAAGCCGAAAGAAUUAGAGGGCAAGAAGAGUGUAACUGAGAGCACCUGCCAAAACAAGAAUCAUUAAAAUAUGUAACAUAAAUAUAAGAUUUUUUUUCCUUCCUUCCCAUAAACCUGCUUGCUUUCCUGCUCUGCUGUGGGCUCACUGCAGGUAAAGUCAAUACAGAGCCGGCUUUUGGGGACGGAAGGAAUCCUUUUGGCUCACGAUGGACCCUCUGCCUGCUCCUCAAGUUCCCUGAACUGCAUGGCAAUGGCUCAUGGUGCAGGAGGGGGCUGGGGUUCAAAAGCAAGCAGUUACCGCACGUAAGGAGCCUUCUCAUUUCAGCUAAAAUGCAGCUGGUUAAGUUUCCAGUGAUCACGUCUUGGAAGGAAAGACAUUAAAAAAUGAAUAAUCAAACACAUUUUCUUUUUGAAAUGUGACAGAUUUUUCUAUUCUGAAAUUUAUAUGUCGACUUGUUCGUUUUUUAUUUUUUUGCAUACUACUUUACCUUUAUAUUCACUGAAGGGUUGUUUUUAUAAGUAUAUGUGUGUGUGUGUGUAUUCUUGCCUAAGGACAAAAUAGGAAAUUCUGGAUUUUUAGCAAGUCUCCACCCUAUAGCUGCUCUUCAUUUUUUGGGGGGAAAAGUGUCUGAAGUGAAACUUAAAAAGAAAAAACCUGUUCAGGGUGAGGGGGCAGACUGCUGCUGAGAGCAUACCAGUAGUCUGGGCAUGAGGAAUGGGGUCCACCAGCCAAGUCCCUCAGUAGAUCUGAUUACAGAGUUGCAGAGCUCAGGUUUUUGUCUUUUACAAUGUGCACGUGGAAGAGUAAGGAAAAAAAAAAAGUAAGACAAGUGCAGUAUGUACAUUUUGUAAAUCUUGUUUUUGUAAGAAAAUGUAUUUAAGUUUUUACUUGAUUUUCUGGAAGGUCUGUAUGAGGCCCUGCUUCAUCCCAUGUACAGAUCACUAAAUAAAUAAUUUUUAAUACAAGA